GAAAUUACUCAAUUAAUUAAAAUUAAUAGAGAGAGAGAGAGAGAGAGAUGGAAGCGGUGGCGGAGGGGCUGUGGGCGCUGGCGGACCACCAGGAGCAGAAAGGGGAGAUCGGGAAGGCGGUGAAGUGUCUGGAAGCCAUAUGCCAAAGCGACGUGUCGUUUUUCCCCAUCGUCGAAGUCAAAACGCGCCUCCGUAUCGCCACCCUGCUCCUGAAGCACUCGCACAACGUCAACCACGCCAAGUCGCACCUGGAGCGAGCUCAACUGCUCCUCAAGUCCAUCCCUUCCUGCUUCGACCUCAAGUGCCGCGCCUACAGCCUCCUCAGCCAGUGCUACCACCUCGUCGGCGCCAUUCCGCCGCAGAAGCAGAUCCUCCACAAAGCCCUCGAGCUUUCCGCUUCCGCCGGCCACGAAAUUACGGUCAAGUUAUGGUCUUGCAACUUCAAUUCUCAGCUUGCAAAUGCUCUGAUCAUCGAAGGGGAUUACCGGAGUUCUAUCUCCGCCUUGGAGGCCGGUUUUGUUUGUGCUGCCGAAAUAUAUUAUCCCGAGUUACAGAUGUUCUUUGCAACUUCUAUCCUUCAUGUACACCUAAUGCAAUGGGAUGAUGAGAGUACCGUUGAGCGAGCUGUUACCAAAUGCAAUGAAGUGUGGGAGUCCUUAGACCCGCAGAAAAGGCAACAAUGCCUUGGUUUACUCUUCUAUAAUGAACUGCUGCACAUAUUUUAUCGACUCCGGAUAUGUGACUACAAGAAUGCUGGAGCACAUGUAGAAAGAUUGGAUGCUGCUAUGAAGGCUGAUUUGCAGCAAAUGCAGCAUGUGCAGCAGCUGGGAAGGGAACUCAAUGCUGUAAAUCAGAGUCUUUCCCGGUUUGAUCUACACCACAGGGAGAGGUCAGCAUUGUCUGAAAAACAGGCUCGGCUUCAACACCAGCUCUCUAGUCUUUCAACAUGGAGUUCAACUGCCCCAGGUUCCCUGGAACCAGCGUAUUUUGGAAAUAUGAAACGAACAUAUGGAGAUAAGCUUGAGCUAGCACCGCCUCCUCUUGAUGGGGAAUGGCUACCAAAAAGUGCAGUUUAUGCUCUUGUUGAUCUUAUGGUGGUUGCGUUGAGUCGUCCAAAAGGAAAUUUUAAGGACUCUGGAAAGCGUAUACAAUCCGGAAUUCAAACCAUCCAAGAGGAACUUGUGAAGCUUGGAAUAACUGAUGGUGUGAGAGAGGUGAAUUUGCAACACUCUGCUAUCUGGAUGGCUGGUGUGUAUUUGACGCUACUAAUGCAGUUUCUUGAGAACAAAGUGGCUAUGGAGUUGACGCGAUCUGAAUUUGUAGAAGCACAAGAGGCAUUGGUACAGAUGAAAAAUUGGUUUAUGCGCUUCCCAACAAUUUUACAGACAUGUGAGAGCAUCAUCGAAAUGCUCAGGGGGCAGUAUGCUCAUGCUGUUGGCUGUUAUCAUGAAGCAUCUUUCCAUUACAUUGAAGCUGCAAAGCUGACAGAGAGCAAAUCAAUGCAAGCUAUCUGCCAAAUUUACGCAGCUGUCUCCUACAUCUGCAUUGGUGAUUCGGAAUCAUCUACACAGGCACUUGACUUGAUUGGACCUGUUUACAGAAUGAUGGACUCAUUUGUUGGAGUUCGAGAGAAAACCAGUGCUCUUUUUGCCUAUGGUCUUUUAUUGAUGAAGCAACAAGAUCUACAGGAAGCAAGAAAUCAACUUGCCAAAGGUUUGCAGUUGACACAUACUCAUUUGGGGAACCUUCAGCUUGUUUCACAGUAUUUGACCAUCCUUGGGAGUUUGGCACUAGCUCUUCAUGAUCCUGGACAAGCCAGAGAGAUCUUGAGAUCAUCCUUAACAUUGGCAAAGAAACUUUCCGAUAUCCCAGCACAGAUAUCGGUGCUCUCUAUUCUGACAGCUUUGUAUCAAGAGUUAGGCGAAAAGGGACAUGAAUUGGAGAAUCUUGAGUUCCAGAAGAAAAGGGCGGAUGAAUUGCAAAAGAGACUUGCAGAUGCACAUUCAUCCAUUUACCAUAUUGAACUAAUUGAACAAGUGAAGGUUGAAGUACAACAAUUUCACGGGGUUGACAUCAAUCGUGCAAACAUGGGCCCAUCCAUGAGUGACAGUCUUGACAUUCCAGAAUCUAUUGGUCUAUCUGCCCAGUUGCCUACUCAUUCAUCAUCAAGGCUAGUUGAUUUAGACUCAGGAAGACGUGGGAAGAGGAGAAUUUAGAUUCUGACUUGUACAGUUCGAAACAUCCUCUAUUUUUCCCUUCUUAGGGAAAAUGGGAGACUGAUAACUUAGAGGAGAUUGAAGUUGAGCACUUUGAAAUCUAUGUAUAGUGUUGUGAAGUAGGUCAACUCCAGCGACAGAGUAGCGUUUGUUAGCGCUGGUAUGAGAAAUGCUGUAUAUUUUUUGGUGAAUGUAAUGUUAUCGGGCAACGUUACCAUAUUUACUUGAUUCCUUGAUCCUUGGGAAACAUAGUUUAUGUCAUCAGUGCAAUGCAAUACAGAUGCUUGUUUGGUUUCA